AAGACUAACCGUCCCAUGAUGCAGCGCGAACCACGAAUAUUAAAAAUGGCGGCCAACAAUCGGCACCGAUAGCACUUCUUGCUUUAAAUAAUCCUUAAAUUUUGGAAUCAUGGAAGUCUUGAAGGAAAAGUCUGUGAUGUUGAGUAAUUUCGAGGUUUAUCAGUUAUUACAAGARGCUGAGACAAAAACGUCAAAAUCCAAAAGUAUCAAAAAACACCAAGUAAAUUUAGCAACAAUUUCUUACGAGGCUCGAAAAUACCUUGAAAAGACACCCUGUAAGCACCAGAAUGCUGAAGUCAUUGAAGAUUUCCUCAAGUCUCUUGCUCCAUUCAACUUAACCAAGGCAGAAAAAUUACAACUUCUAAAUCUACGGCCAGAGACACAUGUAGAAAUUCAAUUGAUAAUUGAAGAAAGUGUUGAGAGAUUUAAAACUGAAGAAGAAAUUCAAGAACUUCUUGAUAUAGUGGCAAAAUUGCCAUCAGACCAUAAAGAAACAAUUAGCAAAGAUGAAAUAGGGGAUGAAGAAAUGGAAGAAGAAAAAGACAAUGAAAUAGAAAAUGAAUAAUUUUAUUGUAAUAUUUACAUACUAUAUUUAUUAAAAAAWUUUUUAAUGA